CGAACCGGAAUGCUGGCCCGUCAACCGGAAAUAGCCACAAAUUGAAGCUUCGUGCAUUCCCGUUCCUCCAUUGGUCUAGCAGGCUGUCUGUCAAAUUUCCGGAGGCACGACUACAGAUACAGCGUCGUUGACGCGGGAGUGACUGUCAACACAGAAACAUGGCUGCCUCGUCGGCGAGCCGCAGGGCGACGAAUGGAGACAACGCACACAAAGGUAGCCCCGGCGGUCGCGAAGAGCCCGUGUCGCAGACUCGAGAGAUAAUCAAACCCUCGAUACUGGAACUGACCAAAGAAGUGAGGACGAACAUUUUGUGCACCGUUGAAGGCUGUGGCAAGAUUCUCCCCAACACACCUGCGUUGAACAUGCAUCUUGUGAAGUCGCACAGAGUGAAGGAUGGUAUUGUCAACCCCACUGUGAGAAAGGACAUGAAGGCGUCAAAAAAGCUUUACUGCUGUCCCAUUGAAGGCUGUCCUAGGGGACCUGGCAGACCCUUCUCCCAAUUUUCCCUGGUGAAACAACACUUUAUGAAGAUGCAUGCAGAGAAGAAACACAAGUGCUCCAAGUGCAACAAUGGCUACAGCACUGAGUGGGACCUCAAGAGGCACAUCGAGGACUGUGGAAAGACUUACCAGUGCACGUGUGGCUGCCCCUAUGCCAGCCGGGCUGCACUACUGUCGCAUAUCUUGAGGACGGGGCAUGAGAUUCCUACCGAGCACAGAAUUCCACCAGUCAAAAAGCGAAAGAUGGAGAAACUCUCCACUAGAUCUGAAAAGAUAAAGAUCAAUGACUCUGUGAUUAUUCCUUCAACUCAUGAGCUAAUAGAGGAUUCUUCAUCUUCUGACAUCAUCAUUCAAAGCCCGGACUCUGCCAGUCAGUCUUUCAGCGGCCACAAGAGCCUCCAGAAGCAGCUUUUACCCAAACCCAACAUGGCAUUAGUCAGCGUGCCAGUAAUGCAGCUAGCCCAUCUACCUGUUCUCCUCCCGUCCACAGAAAGCGGCAAUCUUCGCUCGGUGGUGCUUACCCUCAACAGCCAAGGCUCCGUUAACACCCUUCACCUUCUGCCACAGGCCUCAGGAGCUGUGGUACCUCAGCUGGAUGCUAACAGCUUAGGUUUCCAGGAUAGCAUGCCUACUUCUCGCUCUGGCCUUGGGCCCAUCAGCACAGGGGUGCAGGUGGGACUUGACAAUUUGCUUGCACAUCACUUAGGCAGCAUCUUGGGAGCACAACGUGGAAGGAGCACCUCGACUAACAUUCAGACUGACAAGUCCUACCUGUCAAAAAUGCCUACAGGGGUUGGGGAAGGUAUCGGACUUUGUACUGUGGGAGAUUCCGCUGUGUCAUCCUGCUCCCAGACAGACAUCAGUGUGAGUGCCCAAGUCCUCCUGCCUGUUAGUGUUCAAACCCAGACGUUCCAAACCCAUGUCAGAAGCACUUCCACUAUUGGGGCUCAGACAGACAGCCAAUCCCUAAACCAAAGCAUUUGCCUCUCCUCUUCUUCACCUCCACCACCAAGCAAAACCAGGCAGACGCAGACCUAUUUCACAGUCCCGCAGUCAAAUGACAAGGCUCAGGAUCAGGUCGUAAUGUGCGCCGACCUUUUCAGCGGCGAUGCCCUCAGCGUUUCCACCCAGACUUCUCUGCAUGUGAAUGAGCCUCUGGAAGCCACAGGAAGGAGUUUGUAUGAGGCCACAAAGGCAGCAGGAGGCAUGUGUUUUGGGGUUCAGACAGAUUUGCUGAGCCCAAACAACGUGGCAGAUAAUCAAACCCAAACCAUCACCUUGUUAAAUGACCUGGAAAACAUUCUGUCUGACAGCAUGUCAGGCCACCAAGUGCUAACUGCUGCUGCCACAGACUGCGGGUCAAACCUGGGUCCCGUUCAGGAGCAGCACAGCACCAUUGACUUUGACUUUGAAGAGUUUCUCAGCUCAGUUCACAUUCAGACACAGACAGAGGAAAGCGAUCUCGACGGCCUGAACAGUGACACACCUCUGGAGUCUUUGGACAUUCAGACCCAGACCGAUUUCUUCCUGAUGGAUGAACUGGACGAAAGCGAGGAACCAAGUCGAACCCAGGCCAAUGACUUGGAGCUGUUCGAUACUCAGACUCAGACUGACCUCAACUUCCUACUGAACGCCGGAACCCACAUGCCACUGAGCAGCAUUCUGCGCCAUUCAAGCUUUUCUAUGAGCACAGAGUCCUCGGACACAGAAACACAGACAGACUUGCAUUCAUUUGCUCCGUGCCUCCCUGUACAAACCCCGGUCGGUCAGGGGGAGCAGGUGAGGCUUUUAAACAGCACAGAGACACAGACCAGCCAGGCGGAAGGCUUCGGACACCUCUUCUUGACGAGCAACCAAACACAAACGGUCAUGGAUGACUUCUUGUCGGCUGACUUGCUGUGGAACAUGGAGUCCCAUUUCAGCUCAGUAGAAACGCAGACCUGCCAGGAGCUUUGUGCUCUCUUUCAGCAGCCCGCAAGACCCAACACUUGAAGUUAUUGUUAACAAGGCCGCCUGAUCUUUUUGCGACACGUUUUCCCGUGACUGCCUCUCUCAACCGUAGGAAUGGGUGAAGGAUGUCCCUCACUUGAGCAGCAGUGAAGAUGAAAGAAGUCUGUGAAAAUGUUUGAAUCAUUCCACUGGGGUUGUCUUGACCGGAGCGUUCCAGGUCAAUAUCAGAUUGCUUUGUGCACUUUAUUAGCUCAAUGGGCAGGAUGUUUCAACUCCUGACAGUUUACAUAUUUAUUAGCGCGCACACGUAACAUGUCUUGUCUGAAAUGCUAGUUUUUAUUUGUGUUAUCCAGUGUUAUUUGAUGUUUGCUAAUACUUUAUCUCACAGAUUAAAAAUUUUGCAUAUCAUCCAGUUAAUACAGACGACUGAAGUUAAAGAGACAUUGACUGCAACGAGAAAAAUAAAACCUCAGCUGUACAGUUGACACAAGUAGCUUUACGUGUGUUUUAGCCUUCAAUUUGUCAUCUGAAAAUAUUAAUUUGGAUACUAAGCCACCCAUGGCUUUUUAAAUUUAAUCUAAAGGCUUCCGCACUUUUUCGGAGCCAAAUUGUAGAGUUCUGAAUCAACAAGGAAGAAAAAAUAAAGCAUUUGCACAAGAAAGAAAAAAAAAAGUCAGUUGUGCCACACCUUUCGAUUGGAAAGGGGAGUGUAAAUUGUCAUUUUUUUUAAGUAAACCCUUCAGACUAGGUUAUCUUUUGUUCAUUAGGUUGGUGUAAAUGUACCCAACUCCUCACUUUGGAUCUUCUGCAUUUGCUUACUUCACAUAAACACAGCUGAUUAGCAUUAGCUGCUAUUUUGGCACAGUUAACGCAUGUGUUCUGUUGUCGGAAAAUAUUCAAUUUAACUUCUUUAAUCUGCCAUUAAAAACAUUGCUGAGGUUUAGUUUUUAGCACAUCAAAACCUGUUGAUUUUUGUUAUGCUGCGUCGCAGCGACUGACCUCGAUUUGCGUUACCUCGAAUUAGUGAGGCGUACCAAGCCACUAAUGCGCUACAAAGGAAGCAGUGAUUACUGGUCAAUGUAAUUAUCAAUUUAACGUUUUGGUGCCUUAACCCAGUGUUUGUGUUUUGUUUUGUUACGCAUUACGUGAAAUAAUUUGUUGUUUUGGAAGACAAAAAAGGUGUUUGCAUGGGUAUAUAUUUUUUUAUGGUCGCAUGUUAGGAGACAUUUCUGUCAGAAGACUUGUGCUGUGUCGCGUCAAGAUGCAAUGCAACAUUUCACAGGAAACAAUUUGAUGAGUCCCUGUUUUCAUCGCUGCUGAUGUUUGUAGAGGCUAACGUACAACAUGGUCAAUUUUCUUCACGACAUUUAAAGAUUUUGACAAAUACUGUUUUCAUUACUCGUGGCAUUAUCAGUUAUGAUGUUAAUUCAUAGCUUGUUUCUUACAGGAACAAAAGAUACGUUUUACAGAUUUUGGUUUAGCCUGUGUGGAAAUGUGGGAUCCGUUUGUAUUCUCGAACUCACUGUCCUUGCCUCAUUUUCUGUUACGGACAUAUCAGAAUACAUUUUGAAACUCAACUGCAGUACAUUUUGUUGCCUUUUGUUCCCAAACAUCACAACAAAGCAUUACUUCAUAUAGUGGGCGAUUGCAUGUAUUUUCAUGGC